AUGAGUUGUCAAAAGGAACAAUUUUCCCUUCUGUCCCAUUGGAUCCAUCUCCAAAAUUCCAUUGAUUUCUUCACAUUUUAUGUCCAUCCAUUCAUUCAAACAUCAAACCCACAAAAUUCGUACUACUAAAAAACACACACUUUCUUAAUUACAUCCAGAAUAAUUCCUAACUACAUUCCAUGUCAUCUUUUUCUUCAUCACCACCACCAGCCAAAUUACCAACACCAACAGCCCCAUCAGGCACGUCCGAUAUCGAAAAUGACAAUACUAAUAAUCCGCCACAAACGCCUUUGCCCCCACCUCCAGGAUUCGGGGUCACCGGUAUCCUUAGAAGAUGGAGACAUGAAGACAUGUUUAUUAGAGUCUCUCUUGGUUUGAGAACUUUUGGUUUUGUUUUUUCGUUACUUGCCUUUAUUAUUAUGGCAAGUAAUAAACAUGGUCGUGGUAGAAAUUUUGACGAAUACGAAGAAUACAGAUAUGUAUUAGCGAUAGCGAUUUUGGCAACAUUAUAUACCGGAUUGCAGUCGUGGAGGCAGAUACAUGAGAUGUCUACCGGAAAACAAGUAAUGUCUCGCAAGAAUAUGGCGUUAAUUGAUUUCUUCGGCGAUCAGAUUAUAGCCUACUUGUUAAUAUCAUCAGCAUCCGCAGCCGUGCCAAUGACAAACCGAAUGAGAGAAGGAGCCGAUAACAGCUUUACAGACGCUACAGCCGCAUGCAUUAGCAUGGAGUUUCUAGCGUUCUUCAUUCUCGGCUUGUCAUCCAUGUUCUCCGGGUACAAACUAGUAAAACAGUCAUAUAUCUAAUCGAUUCGAAGCUCAUUUUACUUUUUUGUCUUUGUGCUUUUGUGUUUUCUUUCUUGUAAAUUAGUACACAUUCUUUUUAAAUCUUUGUAUCAUUCAUUUCUAAUGUAGCAUAGACCCUCACAUCACAUGUAUAGUAUACAAAUUGAAAAUAGAACCAUUUUUUGGUUUUAACAGGUAUAAGUUGUAAUAACAUUACUUCUUUGCAUUUUAUAACGUGAUUGUAACAAAUCAUAUCAUA